AUUGAUACUGUUGUGAUCGAAGUGCCAACUCCUACUACUACGAUUACUAGUACCUGGACCGGUUCUGAUACUGAGACGUAUACCAUUACUGCAUCGGAUGGCGGUAUUGAUACUGUUGUCGUUGAAGUACCAACACCAACAAUUACGGUGACUAACACAUGGACUGGUUCCGAUACUGAGACGUAUACCAUUACUGCAUCGGAUGGAGGUACCGAUACUGUUGUGAUUGAAGUGCCUGCACUUACAGAAACUGUCACUUCAACUUGGACGGGAACCGAUACCGAGACCUACACCAUCACAGCUUCCAACGGAGGUACCGAUACUAUUGUGGUUGAAUUCCCAUCGAUUACUUCGCCCAGCUUAUUGUCUUCUAGAACUGCAAAUUCUGUAUUACCUUCUUCCUUCAAUCUGCUAAGUGGUUGGAACUCAUCAUCGACUAUUGCACUUUCAUCCAAAAUUUCACGCACAUAUUCAGCCACAGGCAGUUCAAAAUCUGAAUUAGGAACAACUAAAGUAACUAGCCUUGCUACUACCAAGGGCACUGGCUUCGAUACUGAAACUUCCGUAACUACCCUGCAAACAUUUACUACCACUCUAUCACAUGGAACUGACAGUGAAAACAUACCUACUUCGUCUCUUUCAACUGAAGAUUAUUCUUUAUCCACAACUGUUAGCGAAGUAACGCCUCAUUCCACUUUAGUCUCCCCUGAUGAUUCUGACUGGAAUACAAAUGCUCAAAAGAGCACCGUGACAGCUGACUUGGUUUCUGAUUCAAUAAUCACAAAACCAACUACAAAAUAUGGAACUACAAGUAGCAAUAAUGGUAAUUCGCAUACUAUAACUUCUCCGACAAUAGUCCUUUCGACGACCGGAACUGAACUGAUCUCAAAAUCUGAAUCUAAUGCCCAUGCUUCAAAUGCUUCUAUUUACCAAGAAGGUUCAGCUAAAAGGAAUAUGGUUUCCUCCUUUAUUUUCUUACUCCCAAUACUUUUCAUUUAG